UUACAAAGUGAAUUCACAAACAUCAGAUUUAAUUCUCCUGACAGCCUUGACAGAUGAGCAAAGAAAGUGUCACUACUCCAUUUAUGGAUGAAGGUAUUAAACACUCCUUUUGUGAGUUUUCUUCUCCCUCCGCAUCUAGAUAAAUGGCAUUUUGAGUGUCCUAGUCAAGUAAAGCCCAGGGGACUUGCUCAGAGGCAGGCCCCCUGGUUGCCAAGAGAGCCACAGAAAGCUAGAGGUCAGGGCCAGUGGUUCUGCUAAAGCCCCUACAUGCGCAAGCCGUGAAGCUUGUCCGUAUCUGACCUCACUUGCUUCUGUUUUAUGUUAAAAUGUUGGGUUCAGUGCCACCUUGAUUUUUGAGCAUCACCCCAUUCCUCUAAAAUGACGGGAAUUACCCACUUCCAGGUGCUGGGACAGUGGGACAGGGUGGUGAUGACGAUCCCAUGGCUGGACAAUGGCUACAGCGAUUAUCACAGCGUGGUACCAGGAAGCAUCCUCCCACAAUCCCUUUCCUGGAUGGGCUGUGUGAGCAGUGACUUCCUCAUAGUUUUAGAAAGGCUAUUCUCAUUAAUCCCUUCCUAUUUACCCCUGGCCCAGAGCGCUCCACAUACAUCUGGUUGAAACCUCACAACUCUUGGAAGUAGGUACCAUAACUUCGAGCAUAGGGCAGGUGAGGAUUGUAUCAAGUCCUAGCUAUGAGGACUAGAACAGAGGCUAUUUGCUCAAAGUUGUAGCUGUUAAGCAACAGAGCCUGGAUACCAAAUCAAAUCUAUUUGUUCUAUCUGCCAGUGCAAAGUCUAGGUUCCCUGGGCCUCAGAGAGUAUACGGCAGUUCUCUCAGGGGUGAGUGUGUGUGUGUGUGUGUGUGUGUGUGUGCAGGGGUGGGUCCUAAUCUAGGUCACAGGGUCAGAAGCAGGAUUCCAAUGUCCUUUUAAGCCUCAGUGUUUGUUUCAAACUGAUGAAACAACCAGAAGGGCAAUUUCCGUGGCAAACUCUUGCUGGUGGUGCACAAUCCCCAAAGACAGAGGCCAAGCCCCUCGAAAGGGAAGCUAGCCCACUGAACCUUGUGGUCGGAGAAGAUGGAGAGGACACUGCCCGGCUGGGAAGGGUGGGUGGCAGGAGGAGCCUGCUUUGCGCUCACUCAAGUAGGCAGAAGGGAACGCCUGGGUUUUUGGAGAUUUUGCAAAGCCGGUCUCCGAUCAAAACUGUCUAUUUCUACUGCACAAAUCAAGCGGACGAUUCCCUCUUCUUCUAUGACGCGACCUGAGACGUGCCCCCAGCCUCCUUCCCCCGCCUCCAGCAGAGCGGUGCGGAGAUGGGAGCGGCGGCUGGGUCCGCAUUCUCCAAAGGGCCGCUUCCCAAGGCGCCCCGAAGCUGGACCCGGCUCCGGCCGGAGAGCGCCAGGGCCGAGGCCCAGGAAGGGCGCCUGGGUGGGCGCAGUCCCAGCGGCCGAGCGACGGCUGCAAGCGACUCCCCCUCCCUCGCGGCGCCAGCACGCGGCCCCGCCGGGCUCCGCUCCCAGUCGCCUGCCACCGGCCCGCCGGGCACACGCCUGGGGCGGGAUGGAGGCUGCGCCAAGGCAGCCGAGGUAACUGCGGCGGUGCCCAACGACCAGAGAAACUCCUCUGGCCCCUCAACCUCCACCCCCAACUCUUUUCUCAGACCCACUUUGGGAAACCCCAGAGCGCCCCGCGCUUUAUGCAUCCCCCAGCCGGUCCGGAAAUCAUCCUCUGGGAUAAAGCCACUGAGGUCAUCCUGGGGGGCAUCGCGGCCAAACACCUACGUAUAGUUCUGAUCCCAACCAACCCUCAAGGAGAUCACCUCCCGUCUUUAUCGGCCCCCUCCACAGUUGUUCAGUUGUGAGGAGCAUAUCCUAGUUUUUAUACCUGGAUGGGACAUUAGAGACCAUCCAAUCCAAACUUCUGUUGCUACAGACGAGGAAACUGAGGCUCGGAGCGGAUUCCACUCACCAAGGGCCACAGAGCUAGCGAGAGGAUGCUUUGGGACUAGAACCCAGCCUUAACGGUACUUUUAUUUACUUUCGCAGUCCAGUAAUUCCCACGGAGUUCUCCCCAUCUUUCUAACCUUCGAUCCCAAAUUUGCUUCAGCUCCCAAGAACGGCGAAGACCCCUCCCCCCCCCCCCAAGAGAAUGACAGUAGGUAGAAGAAAGCAGGAAAAAUGGAGCCCCAGUCUCGUCAACCCGCACACCGCCUCGUGGCACUUUUUCUGCUCAAAGCCUUCCCUGAGCUUUGCUCCAAGUUCUCAGGAGAAUCCCGAGGCACUUCACCCCAAACCUUUCCACCCAUACACCCCCAAUUCCCAAGGCCAUUCGCCCGUCCAGACACGCCGGCCCCCCCUUUCUAGAGCCACCCCCCGGCUGCAGCCCGCCCUAAGCGCGCCGCCUGUUUAUUCAGCCGGGAGUCCGGCACGCGCCAGGCGCACGCACUGCAACAACAAACCCGGCUGAAUGGAGAGUUUGCAAGGAGCCGGCGCAGGGACCGGGCGGGGGGAGGGGAGAGGAGGAGGGAGAGUUUAGGGAGUGGGUGGGAGGAGGAGGGAGGAGGAGGGGGGAGUGGGGGCUGCAGCCGCUCGCUACAGCAGCGGGGAGUGGGGGGCGAGGCGGGGCCAGCGCUGCGCGUGGGGCUGGGUGUCCCAUUGAAAAGGCGGCCGCACUCCGGCCGCCCAGCACUCUCUCACUUCUGGCCAGGGAACGUGGAAGGCGCACCGACAGGGCACCGGCCAGGGAGGGCGAGGGCAAGAAGGAAAUAAGAAAGAAAGGGAGUUAACAAAAUUUAAAAAAACAAAACAAAACAAAAACAGCCUGAGCCACGGCUGGAGAGACCGAGACCCCGGCGCAAGCGAGCGCAGCCCUAGGGGGCGAGGAACGGGAGACUCAGCAGAGCGUGCUCACCACUGACUUUUGCUCCUUCUGCCUUUAAAACAAAA